CGAAUACAUAUGGUUUGCUACAGCUCUACCCCACACAAAUUUCAAGUUUACUCAAUACAAAUCUAUGCGAAAUAAAUCAGCAAACAGAUUUUGUGAAUAAACACCAAAAAAGUUUAAACCUGGUAAAAAAUUGGAAAAGUACAAAUUGUUUGCCAUAAGUGGAAAAACAACAACCGGCAUAGCUUGGUGACCGACCUCGUUUAGUUUCUUUUCAACUACUUAUUCGCAGUACACAAAAUACAACGAAUGCCGAAAAAAUUGUGGAAUCAGUAAACAGAAACCUACCGCAAAAAGAGUCAGUGCAGCUGUGGAAAUUAAAGGCGGAAUAUUACGUGUAUUGAAUGAAUUAUUUGUGAAAAAAUUGCAGCCACUUUUACUGCAUGUUUUCUUAUAUACUGCUAUCUAAAGCCAAGUCAAAAGCGAUCCAGUUAAAAAGUGGGCACCAAUUUGGUAACUACCAUUAAAAGACUAUUCAGAGGACAUAAGGCGAAAUUUUCCGAAACACCAGAAGACGAUCCCAGUGCCCUGUUCCGAGUUUGCCUACGCAGUAUUUUUGACGUUCAAACAUAACGUCGAGCAACAAAUUGAGGCUGGCUUCAAAGCGAGAUAAAAUAUUAAGAUAAAAUAUAUACUUUUAACAAAGUAGAAACAGAAUAUACAGCCGCUUUUCUAUUUUAGUAUAUAAAGCAAACAUAAUAUACAACCGCACAUUCCAAGUUACACAUAUAGAUACCAAACUCAAAACAAAAGAGAUGUAAUAAAAAAUCUAAAAGUAAAAAAUAGUUAACAACUUGCAAGAUUUUUUGGCCAGUUAAUAGACUCUAAAACAACGACGAUAGUAGGCGUUCUCAAAUAUAGGCAACAGCGACGAAAACGUUAACAAUACAACGUUAAGAAAACAACCAUAACAACGCUACACAGAUUUAGUGUUUUGAAGACUCUUGGCUUCAUUUCUGUUUAUUUAGCUGAGCGUUAAACGCAGCAUUGCUUCCACCACGUCUCAGGGAGAAGAUAUGGAUAUUGAUUCCGCUCCUGUGCCACCACCACAGGAGUAUUCAGAUAAUCCAGCAGGCUAUCAAUCGGAAUCAUCUAUGAAUUUCGAUUAUUUGCACGGCUUAAAUGAGAACGCCUCAGCAUCAGCAAAGGCGUCUUCAUCAGCGACAUCACUGAGCGGCCAUGGUAGCUCAUUGGACUCGCCACGCCAUUUUAGUGGCGUUGGCGCCGGUAGCAUGGAUGCAAGCACGUCAAUGCAGAGUUAUGGAUACGUUGACGAAAGUAAAGCAUUGGACAGGCCCUUUAACCUGAACGAAAGAUUUGUUUCAGUGUUAGAUCAACUGGAUGCCCGCGUUGAAAAAUUUCGCAAAGAUGCAUUGGGCCUGCAGGAGAAAAAGGAUUUUCUGCUCAUGUCUAUUGAUCUGAUCAAGAGUCACGAUAUGCUACAGUCGAUGAUGGAGGCUGAACGCGAGGAAAUCUUUUGCUACAUACAGCGCGUAAAUGCGCGUCUUUCCACCGUCGAUUUAAUGGUGCACACGGUGCGCGAUCGCUCUCAAGAAGAUGCGCUCAGUCAAAUCAACGAACUCAUCGAUUUGAUGAUCACAAUGGGCGAUCCAGUAAUGGCACGCCAGCGUUGCCAACAAUACCUGAAUGCAUGCUGCAGUGCAGCGGAGUCGUCAGCAUCGUAUGAAUAUGGCGUCGAUAUUGAUGCUGGUCCAAUAGAUAAGAAAUUCGAGAGUGCUCUACUGGGUUGUACGCUCGACGAUCAGAAAAAUAUCAAGAAGCGGUUGCAGGCUUUAAUGGGAUACUUGAACAAACAAACUGUACGAAAUUAAAUGAAUUUAGUGAAAAACAGCACAGAUAUGAAGAAGAGAUUUUAUUUUAAUUAAAUGUGUAAGCCAUAGAAUGGAUCAUAAUACAAAAAUGGUAUGUGCGAUUGAAGAGGAAAGCAAACAAAUUGCUGCCACAAAAUCGCGACAACUGCAGGAAAUGCGUUUUAACCCCGCAGAGUCACUUCCACCUCAAACCAAUUCCUGUAUAUUGCAGUUGUACGGUACACUUCCUAUUUAAGUACUUCUUUUAAACUUUUGCCACAAAAAUUAAAACUUUUUUUUAGUUAUAUUUAUAUUAUUAUAUAUUUCAAUAUUACUUAAUUUUGCAAUUUUCGGCUAGACAAUAUUUGCGCAUCUUUAAAUACAUAAUGUUGCUGUCUAUUAUAAAUUGAAUUACAAGCUUUACAUUAAAAAAUUGGAACCCAUAUAAUUUCUUUAAACUGAAAUUUACCUUUUUCUAGUUAAAAAUUGCACACAAAAACAAAGUAAAGCAUGAAUGUUUACAUAAAUUUAUAUAUAGAAAAAAUACCAAAUCAAAUGAGCGAUCUGUUAUGUAAUACAUAAAACUUAUUAUCUGAAAUAAAAGAUUCGAUUUUUAAAGUAUUCAUUAUGGACUGUCGCCAAUAACAUAGUGCUAUAAAAAAAAAAAA